AUGCCCACCCUCUCCGUGUUCGUGGACGUGCCCCUAGCCCGCAAGCUAGAAGGCAGCUUGUUGAAGACCUACAAAAGAGACAACUUCCCUAACAAGGCGUUCCUGGCCUACAGAGUCUGCAUGACCAGCGAAGGCCAGCCCUGGGUGUCGCUCGUGGUGUGCAAGACCCGACUGCUUGUUGCACAGGACCCCUCCCUGAACUACGAGUACCUGCCCACAAUGGGCAUGAAAUCAUUUAUCCAGGCCUCCUUGGAGCUCCUCUUCGGAAAGCACAGCCAAGCCAUCGUGGAGAACAGGGUGGGAGGCGUGCACACUGUGGGUGACAGUGGUGCCGUCCAGAUUGGGGUCCAGUUCCUCAAAGCUUGGCAUAAGGAUGCUCAAGUAGUUUACAUCAUCUCCUCUCAAAAAGAAAUGCAUGGACUCAUCUUCCAGGACAUGGGCUUUACAGUUUAUGAAUACUGCAUCUGGGACCCCAAGCGCCUGUGCAUGGAUUCCAAGAUGUUCCUCGAUGUGGUGCAGGUAGAGGGGCCCCGCUCAGAACUUCUCCCCAGACCUCACUUACAGUCUUGUUUCCUCUCCUCCCCUCCACCUAAUCUGCAAGAGGUUGUAGAAAACAUUAUGCUGAUCAAGGAAAAGGUGAAGGAAAAGCUCCGACUCCUGGGAACCCCUGGUUCCUGGGAUCACAUCACUGAACAGAGCGGGACCCAUGGCUAUCUUGGACUCAACUUCCAGCAGGUGGAAUACCUGGUUAAGAAGAAGCAUAUCUACAUCCCCCAGAAUGGUCGGAUUAACUUCUCCUGCAUCAAUGCCAACAACAUAGAUUACAUCACCCAGAGCAUCAACGAGGCUGUCCUCGCCACAAAGGGCUCAGAGUAACGUCUUCUGAAAGUAAAUGACCCCUGAUAGGAAUAAAAGCUGGAG